GGUCAGUUUACUCAUAAUAAUACAUACAUGAAAAUAUCAGUGCGAAAUCUGCUAAAGUGCUGUCAAUUCACAAAAAGCUCCACUCAGGUUCCUGGUGAAGAUAAGAGGCGAGUGUUGACCAAGAGCCACUUGUUGACUCUCCAUACAGUGUUUGUCAGUUGUGUUCUAAUGAAGAGGGUGGCACUCCAGAGUUAUUUAUGUCUCCCACAGGGGCAUCCACUCAUUACUGCCCCCACACCCACAAUCUCCCACAGUAACAACACGGCUUCUGGAAAUCAGGCGUUUCACCUCCAUCGGACCCCGCGGGCUCCUCCGCUGGCCUGGACACCGGUCUGCUUUGCUGAUAGUUAGCUCCCGCUGCUAAUGGCGAAGAGUUAGCCGUCCAGAUUUAUAAAUAGUUAAGAGGCUGUUUGUUUCAUCCGUCUGACACUCGACACCAGAGGAUCUCGCAGAGCCGCCUGCGAGAGCGAGCGUCAUUCUGUCCCCUGUGGUAGUCGCUCUAGCGGAGACCGCUCCUCCGUUUGUUCUGGUCUCCAGCUCCAGGUUUCGCUACCUGGCCCUGGUCAGAGGAUCAAAGACCUGACGAGGACUAUACAACAGUUGUUUUGCUUUGGGAGUUUUUUAGGAGAAACAGCCCGAGGCGUCAGAGAGGUGUUGUUGGGGUGACAGGGCGGGAUCAGAGAAGCACGGCCCUUUUGGGGAAACAGAGCCUGGGAAUUUACAGUGAGGCCCAAGAUAUGGAUAUCAAAAGUGGGAGGAGAACAACUUUGAGGACUUGUUGGAUGGAUGUCAACUAAAAGGCACGAUGCCUUAGAAGCUCCUGGCUGCACAACAUCCGGACCAGGGGCCCAAAACUCAGUCCUGCAGCUCCGGCAGCGGGCAGAGUGUGUAAUUUUGAGGUCUGUGUAUGCAUGAAUGAACAAACAACUGAGGCCAGAGCUCUUUUUUAGUGAGCCCGCAUCAUGACCUCGGUUGAGAAGCGUCGCUCCAGCCGCAAAAGCGGCGGGCACCGAAAGCACAGCGACGGAGGCUACAGCGACACGUCCAGCGGAGGGUCCUUCCUGGAUGAGACUGACCGAGAAGUCAGCAAUCUGACAGAUCGAGCAUUUAGGAGUCUCUGCAUUGGCGACGAGGCUGUUUAUAAUGACUCUGACCUCUGUUCGUCAUCGCCCUGUUUCCAGAGAGACAGACAGCUGGCCUUUGGCCAGAGUGGCCUGGCCAGAGACCGAGAGGACAGGGAGGAACUCAAAAGAGCCGCACACGAGAGCUUCAGCCUCAGGGUGCAGCACUAUGGACAGGACUGGCUCCAUGGAGGAAUGUUUGGGGCUGACAUCCAUAGAGAUCCACAGUGGGAGGUUUACGGGCAAAACACACAAGGGAGGAUUUCUGCCACAUUCCAGCACUCCUUUAUGGAAACCUCUCAACAGGAGAAAUCUCUGAGAGAAGAGCACCUGUCCUUCCUCAAUGGAGCCACUGAGCUGAGUUUACAGCAGCGUAGAAGCCGCUCCAGAGUGUCCUCUCUCAUCAGAGCGUUUAACUCUGAGGGACAAAGGGACGGAUCAGGAACGGACACUAAACUCAGAGAGUGGAACGAUGAGACGUGCUGGGACAAAUCAGCUCUGAUGAGCAUCCAAAGAGAACUUUCUGAAUUCUCAUACCAGCAAAACUUUAACAACGGUCAUUUCCCCUCCGCUGGUCCAUUCGCAUCCAGAGACUCCAACUGCUACUCUUCUGAGGUAGCAGCAGUCACUCACCAGCAUUCUGAUGCCUCUUUUAUGAGAUCGUCUCACAGUGCACAAAGCCUGUCUGCACAGGUCAACUGUAACUCCAACUUCUUCAUACACAGCGAGUACAGUCCCUUUAAACUUUGGAGGGACCAUAACAGGUUUCCAUUCAGGCAGGGAGAAGUCUCAGGGUUUAUGCCUCGUUCAGAGUUCCCUAAAUGGUACGAGACACCAAUGUACAAGGAGCUUUCACUUGAAACCGAUACACGAGGUCCGUACAGGUUCGCUGAAAGGGGCGUCAACCAUCCCAGGAACAAUUUGGCAAAUGUAAUACAGCCCAGUCCUCCUCGCUCAACAUCGACAUCCACAGUGUUGCAGAAAACGUUGGCCGUGGAGAAGCGCUGUGAGUCAGAGCUGGCGAGCCAUUACCCCCACAGGAAGCGAGCGCAGAGCCUAGGAAAUAACAGGCUACCAUCCCAGCGUCCGUCAACAGCGUCUCCUACAACUGAGAUGUCUCAACGUGUCCGGGACACCAUCCGCUCUGCCGAAGCCCUCAGGCAAAAGAUCCAGAUGAUAACUGAACAAAAUAUGGCAGAAGGGUUUGCAGCAAAUCAACAAGAAGUGAUCGUUAACAAUGAUCGUUUAGUUCCCUUUGGUAACGCCUUCGUAGCAGAGCCGCCAAAUGUCUCCCCUCAACCCAUAGAACAUCCCCCAGUGCGAGCUGAGAGCAGGGGAGCCACUCCAGAUGCUAGGAUGUCCAGCUACAAAUCCAGAGCCACAAGCCUUCUCUUUAAUCUCAAAGACAACAGGAAAAGAGUAAAAAGCACCUACAGCCCUACUAAAUUUAAAGGUUUAGAUGCCCAGGAGAAACACAAACAGUUUGUCCAGGAGCCCAGAGACACCGUGAUAGACAUCCCUGAUUUUCCAGAUUCAGACAUUCAGUUUCCCAAUAUAGAGGAAGCAAGCAGGACAAAUGUGGCCUUCCAUCAACAUGUCAACCAGUAUCAUAGCACAGCGUUGUCUCAUACAACACUAAAUAGUCAACCUGCAACAGCAUAUACAGGGCACAGUCUAGAUUACACUUUAAAUAAUUACCAGGCCGCACAGACACAAGGUGAGAUAGUUCAUCAUACUGGGUUCGCUGACUUCAUAUCUAAAAAUGACACUAGCUAUCAUCUGGUUAAUGGACAGAACCUUCAAGACUCAUUUUCAUUUGCUCCCUAUAACCAAGCUAUUAUAGAUCAUCCUGCCCACAAAACUUCUUAUAUGCAAAAGCUAAACACCGGUAACAAUCAAAUCAGAGAUUAUUCAAUAAGUGAGUCAAAUACUGAACAAUGUUUUAAUGAAAAAGUGGGCAGGGAAUUUACAAAGGUGGAGAGAUAUCAGCAGCUUAAAGACAACAAACACGAUUACAGUAAUGUGUCUCUGCAGGAUAGAUGGAGACCAACAAACAGCCAAGACACGGAAAAGCUCAGUCUAAAAGCAGACACCUCUCCAUGGAAACAAGAGAUAACAGCUCUACCAGAAAGAGACCAAUGUGCUCAGACUUCGCAAAGAGCAGCUGCGAUAAAAGAGGAAAGAAAUUUAUCAAGAGACACAUACAGAAGAGAAAAUCAGCAAAGUUUAAAUAAAGAACUCAAGAAGCCAGAGUUGGGGGAGAGCUUUGGUGCAGCAGCAUCUCAUCAAACGAAUGCAUCGGAAAAUUCCAACAAGGCCAACCAACUACCACAAUAUGCUUCAUUCAGUAAUAUUGUUAAAGAAAGAGAAGCAACUUAUGGACAACAGCCACGUGGAGCAUCUAGUGAUAAAAACAUACUUAAAACACAUUACAGGAACACAGAGGACAAUGAAAUAAAAGAAAAUGACCUGACACAGAGUCUUAAUAGACACAAUCCGUAUAGUCAUGGAGACACAGCUAUGUUAAUGCAAGAAACAGCUCUAAAGAAUCAAUCUAAACAUCCUUUGGAAAUCCCAAAGGUGCAAGAACCUAAAUUACAGCUUCAGCAUCAUCUGCAGAACAACUUGUGGUCCCAGCCCGACAGGGUCUCUGUACCUACACUGACAAACCAGGUGAAGGAGCAAGGGAUUGUUGAGGUCAAGGCUGCAGAAUAUAUAAAAGCACAACACGCCCAAGCACAGCUGGCAAAAGCGCAGCCCCUGGCUCAAGUGGAGUCUGCUAGGUUAAUUUUAGCAGGGCAUACUAGUUCAGAGAAAGCCAGGGCAGAAAAGGCCAACGCAGACCUGCCAAACAAUAAGAGAAUAGAACCGUCUACAGCAGAUCAAAUUAAAGAGCAGAAAGUUGAGGACAAAGGAAAAGUCAAAGAAAGACAGUUAGAGACAGCGAGAGUUAGGAGGGUAACAGACGAACCAAGGAUUAGAACAAAGGAAGCGGGAGCUGUGCACUUAAAAGAGGAGGAGGGUGAGCAGGUGAAAGCAGAACAAGCUAAGGUGGAGAAAACUGAACUGGUAAAAAGAGAGACUGAGCAGGCGAGAGAACAGCAAACGCCUCUAAGAGACAGGAUCAGAGCAAAGCAAGGCGACCAGGAAGAGGUGAGAACAGAGCAAGUUGAAAGAGAGCACAAAGAAGAAGAGCAAAUUAAAACAGAAAAGGUUAAAGCAGCUGGUGAGAAAGCAGAACGGGCUAAAGAAGAACAGAUGGAGAAGCAACAAACUAAAGCAGAACAACAAAAAGUGAAUGUAGUGGAAAAGGCCAAAGAGAAAAAUAAAGAUUUAACUGAUGUGGGUCAAGCGAAUGCAGAGCAGCCUACAGCACAGACAAGCAAAGUGAAAGGGGCAGCGGUUGAGAACAGAGCAAGAGAGCAAGUGAAGCUUUUGGAAAAAUGGACGACACCUGCAGCCAAACUGACAAUGACACAACACGUCAAAAUAGAGCCAGAUAAAGUUGAGCAAGUCAAGUCAGAGUUAGCUAAAGCGAAAGCAGAGCUGGCAAAAAUAAAGGAAAAGAUGAAAGGAGAGCAAAAAGAGAAAGACAGAAGCAUCAACAGCACAAAGGAGGAUAACGUUAAGAUUAGAGACGUCGGUUUAGGGGUUAAUAGCAAUAAAACAAAUGAUUACAGCGUAAAAGAUAAAACAACACAAGGGAAUCAACAGAGGGAAAAUAAAAUUGUUAGAGGUGCUGAUGAUUAUGAGCGUCUGAGAGAGAAAUACGGUUUCACGAAUGCAGUAUCAACAAACAUAAACACAGUGUCAACUGUGGGAAAUCACUUGUUACAUAAUGCCAAAGAAACACCUGCUUUGUCUCUUGACAAAAUUGAAACAAUGAAUACAGAGAAACCGAAACCUGAACAUAGUCCAACAGCCAGGAUAGAAAACAUAGGGGUGACAGAUAGUCACUAUGUUUAUAGUGAGUCAUCUAAAGAAUUCAAGUUGACCAGUGCUGUAGAUAGCAGGGCAAACAGUGACACUGUUGCUGAUAAAAGUAGGGAUCAUAGCCAAGAUAAGUUGGAAAACUGUGAAUCUGCAAAACAAACUGAUCCUCAGCAAAGAGACCCUGAUUUGAACAAAAAUCCCACCCUUGAAAGGAAACCUAAGUCAGCAGAACAAUGUUUAGCUCCACCAAAGGACUCAUGUUACACCCCUCCCAGAGCUUUGUCACAUAAAGAGAAGGUGCAAACCAAGCAGGAGAUUCUGACCUCCAGGAUAAAGGCCCACGCUGAAAAAGAGAUAUCAGCCAUUAAAGAAAAGGGUUUAGCAAUGCGAGAUGGAAUAAUAGGCAAAAACUCCAACAAGCAAGUAGCAACUGGUCAGAGUAUACGACAGAGGCCAGCACCACACGACGUGUCUAAAAAGCAGGGAAGCACAGCGUCCAGUAACAUUACACCACAGCACCAGAUGGAGCCUUUAGGAAUACAGAUGGCACCAGCUGAGGCCGUUUCACCUCUCAGCCCUGCACCAGUUACAUCAGCUUCAAGCACCAGUCAGCUGGUAGACCAUUCACAGAAACAAGCUCCCAAAGAACCAGAAAAGGCCAUUGGCUUUGUGCUAGAACCACACGUGGAAGUAGAGCAAACGCAAAUUUGUGCAAUGAGCCUCAUUGAGACUCAAAAGGAAGAAAAACAGGGAGCAAAUCCUGAAGAACACUUUGGGCAGAAAGAGACACUUAAAGACAGACCCAUUAUAAACACUAGUUAUCGCAAUAAGAAUAAAGAAAAUCCACAAAAGGAGGAGAAUAAACAAGAAGCAAGUGACUCGGCACCUUCAUUAAAUGUGUCAUUUGGUCAGAACGAAGGCUCUGUGGCUGAUGACAACCUACAGAUCAUGGGUAUAAGGGUAAUGGUACGAGAGAGAAAGACCUCUCUGAAAGAAACUCCAGCGGAUAACAGCACUCAGGAACAAAUGGAAGCAGAAGGGAGCAAGUGCUGUGAUUCAGAUCUAAAUAAGAGCCAUCCCAGUUUGAAUUCAGAAGUCUGUAAAGAAAAAUCCUCUUCAUUGGAAAUGGUCACGGCAAAGACAAAAGACUUGGUCAUACAGGAAGCUCAUUUAACAGCAAGGAAAGAGCCAAUGAUUGUUGCUAUGAAUAUGAAAGAAACAAUGCUCAGAGAUAACAAUGAAAUAAUAAAUAACACUGAAGGGAAUGACCAUAAAGCCUUUGGUGAAUCUGUGCCAAAACAAAAUUUUCAGCUACCAGUAAAAGAGGAUACUGGACCCUUACUGGGGCAAAAGGUGCUUGACUCACCAGCAACAAAGCAAGUCAACACAAGUCCAUCCAUCAGUUUAAAUGAAAAUACACAUGUAUUACCAAAAUUACAGUACACAGGGACAAACAUUGAAGAAAAUAAUGAAGUGGACGAUGAGGUGCACAUUGACAGCAUCGCCAUCAGAGUUUUGCCGGCAGUGACCGGCAAGCACAACCUGAAAACUGUACCUGCUGCUACUGAUGUUGCUAAUGAACAUAAACAAGAAAAAGCCAUUAAUUCAAACGUUGAAGACAAAACUGAACACCUCACCCCAACAAACACAGAAAAGGUCAUGCAGGACAGUUUGGAAGACAAAUCAGGUGUGCAAUAUGUGCUGUCCUCUGUGAGGAAACUGUCACAGUCACAGAAAACCAGCAAUCAACAAGACAGAAUGUAUACAAUCAGCGUGAAAAAUCAAAUUGAGGAAGAAAAUCCUGAAAAACUAAAGAAAUCAGUGGAUGAAUCAAAGUUCAAAAAUAUAGAGGGUAAUUAUUUUCAAGUGCAAGGGUUAAAAGAUACAUAUAAUAGAAAAGAUGAUAUCCCAGAUGGUGCUUUAAAGACUAAGAACAAAGAUUCUACCAGCAGUGAAUUACACAAGGGAGAAACUGAUGUACUAUGUCAAAGUAACACAGUCCAGUCAAGUUCAGUAAGUGUUAAAAAUAGGACUAUCAAAAGAAAAAAUCCAGAAAUGGACCAUCAGCUGAACUCAAAACUGAAUGAAGACUCCACAGAAGAAAAGAGCAGUAAAGAAAUACUGAAUGUGGGUCAAGCCAAUCACAUUAGGAAACAUCCCAUGGAGGGUCAAACAAGAGAAAAAGAGAGAUCACGGCGAUCUUAUUCACCAAAUGUUAGUUGUGAGGAAUGUGAGAUUAAAGAAAGAUCUGUAGUUAAACCAAAAGAACGAACAUCGACAAUACCAGAGAUAUCAGCAAUCGCAGACUAUGCUAGAUUAAAAGUAAUUGUUUCAGAAGACCAUGCUAACACAGUUCAGGACUUUGCACCCAACAGAAAGGAAGGAUUCUUUCCUCUUAUCCAGACUCGUCAUAGUAGACGCCCAGUAUCCACAACAGACUCAAAAGACGUGUUUGAAAAGGACAACAGUUUUCCAAAUAAGAUAGAAGUCAAUGCCAAGGUCAACAAAGAGCCCAAAGUAUUGGUCUUUCCCAUUACAGAGAAAGAACACCAAAGAACAGGGAUGUUUAAAUUGGGAGACAAAGAAAGACAAGACAAACUACCAAUGGUCAAAUCCAAUGAAAAGCAUGUCAUAAAGUCAACAACAGCUCAGACAGAGCAUGUGGAUGAACCUGGCAUGCAAAUAUCAAGUCAAAGAGGCCAAAGUAUUCCUCAAGCAACAAGAAACACUGAUGAUGGACUGACAUAUUUCGAUAAAAGUUCUGCAAGUGAAACAACUGUAGAUGAGGAAGAGAAUAAAAGUGCUACAAAGAGAGAAACCAUGGCUAUUGAAAUCCAAGAGAAACGAGAAAAAAAUACGCAGGCAGGGAAAAUGAGAGAGGAAGAAACAAAAAUAAAACUUACUCAGGAAGAGAGAGCUGCUCAGUUGAGAGCAAGACAAUGCGAUGAAGGAGGGAGAAGGAAAGAAGAUGAAGAGAAAAGUAGAAUGAAUAUUGAAGAAACAAAAACAAAACUGAAAGGACAUCAAGAGCAGAUAAAAGACAAUGAUAAGGAAGAGCAACACAGCAGAGCUGCAAAGGAGGCGCAGGAAACAAAAGCUGUACAAAAAGAACAGCAACAAAGAACUGCACAAGAACAGCAGAGGAAAGCUGUAAAAGAGGAACAGCAAAGAAGAGCUGCUCAAGAGGAACAGCAACAGAGAGCCAUACAAGAGGAACAGCAGAGGAGAGCUGCAAAGGAACAGCAGAGGAGAGCUUUACAAGAGGAACAGCAAAGAAUAGCUGUACAAGAGGAACAGCAAAGGAGAGCCAUAAAGGAGGAACAGCAGAGGAAAGCUGCAAAGGAACAGCAGAGGCGAGCUUUACAAGAGGAACAGCAAAGAAGAGCUGUACAAGAGGAACAGCAAAGGAGAGCCAUACAAGAGGAACAGCAGAGGAAAGCUGCAAAGGAACAGCAGAGAAAAGCUUUACAAGAUGAACAUCAAAGAAGAGCUGUACAAGAAGAACAGCAUGAGAGAGCUGCAAGAGAGGAACAGCAACCAACAGCUAUACAAGAGGAACAGCAAAGGAGAGCCAUAAAAGAGGAACAGCAGAGGAAAGCUGCAAAUGAACAGCAGAGGCGAGCUUUACAAGAGGAACAGCAAAGAAGAAUUGUACAAGAGGAACAGCAAAGGAAAGCUGCAAAAGAACAGCAGAGAAGAGCUUUACAAGACGAACAUCAAAGAAGAGCUGUACAAGAAGAACAGCAUGAGAGAGCUGCAAGAGAGGAACAGCAAACAACAGCUAUACAAGAGAAACACCAAAGAAGAGCUGUACAAGAGGAACAGGAAAGAAAAGCUGCAAAAGAGGAACAGCAAACAGCUGCAAAAGAAGAACAGAAAAGAAGAGCUGUACAAGAGGAACAACAAAGAAAAGCUGCACAAGAGGAACGGCAAAGAAGAGCUGCUCAAGAGGAACAGCAAAGAAAAGCUGCACAAGAGGAACAGCAAAGAAGAGCUGCUCAAGAGGAACAGCAGAAGAGAGCUGCACAAGAGGAACAGCAAAGAAAAGCUGCACAAGAGGAACAGCAAAGAAAAGCUGCACAAGAGAAACAUCAAAGAAGAGCUGCUCAAGAGGAACAGCAGAAGAGAGCUGCACAAGAGGAACAGCAAAGAAGAGCUGCACAAGAGGAACAGCAAAGAAAAGCUGUACAAGAGGAACAGCAAAGAAAAGCUGCACAAGAGGAACAGCAAAGAAGAGCUGCUCAAGAGGAGCAGCAGAGGAGAGCUUUACAAGAAGAACAGCAGAGAAAAGCUGCACAAGAUGAUAAAGUGCAAGUUAGGCAAAUCGAGGAGAAGAUAUUUGUUGAUAUUGAAGAGCAAAAUAAAUUAAAACAGAGAGAGUGGGAAGAGAAAGCUGAAAAAGAGAACACAGUUUUACAACAAAGAAAAGACACAGGCCCUGAGAUGGAGGAAGAGAAAAGGGCGUCACAGAGGAUAGAUGCUCUCCAAUACUACGCAAUAACCUCAACAGAAGCAGAACAGAAACCCAGAGAAAAGCAACAAAGAAACAACCUCUCAGGAUUUGAGGUACCUGAGGAUCCAGGAUCCCACAGCAGGCUUCACAGGCCACAAGCCCCUGCAUCUCCAGCAUCCUCUCUACCUCGUUCCAACACAUCUUCUCCUGCUCUGGGAGCCAAGCCCUCAAUGUUCAGGGUGAAAGACAACACUAGCAGAGGCUCCUCCUUGACCAAAUCAGUUAAACCACGCUUUCAUAAGAGUUUUGGAGAAGAUUUCCGUGUGGGUUCACCUAUGGAAAGAGGAGAGGAGGAGCAGGAGAUUAGCAGACGCAGUGCUAUGACCCCAUCUUCAUCAAAAGAUUACUCAGCCCCUCUUUCACACCACCGGCCCUACUCUAGGAGGAGUCUGGCUUUGGAUGAAGAUGACUCUCGCUCUGUCAUCAGCAACAUGUCAGAGGGUGCAGAGAGUUUUGCCUCCUGUGCAACCGACAUGACAAAUAUACGAGGCCUGCAUGACUACGAGAGGCCAGAAUCAGCCUGUAGCUUUAGCAGUGACGUGAGCCGUUCCUUGGGUAAGCCCCCCACUGUUCCCCCAAAGAGCGAGAAAGCUUUGCAGAGAGCAAAGAGGUUAACUUCUCGGAGGAUAAAAAAGGAGUUGACCAAAGCUGCAAAUCUAACGUGUGGAGUUGACAAACCUCCUGAAGAAGUGUCCUCCUCCACUGAGGCUUCCAGCCCUCAUGCUGUGGCUUCAGCUCAUUUUUCCCCACCCGUCUCCAUAGCUCAUGCUCCAACACUGGGAUCUAGUGUGCCUUCCUCCCUCUCUGCCCAUGGGUCCCCUCAUACUACUGGUCCUAUCGCCCUCCCAGCUGCCUUGCCUCAUGCUACUGCCCCUGUGUCCCUCACUGCUACCCCUAAAACAGUUGCUCAUGUUGCCUCCUCUCCCACUCUCCAUCAUGCCAACCAACCAGCUCCAGUUACAAAGUACCAUGUAGAGCCAAACUAUGCCCAGCCCUACCCACUAACCCAGCGUAAGGUACUGCAAGACCUCGGCUCGGGCCAGUAUUAUGUAGUAGAUGUGCCCGUUCAAGUAAAAACAAAGACGUUCUUUGACCCAGAAACAGGAAACUAUGUUCAGCUGAAUGUACGUGAGUCCUCCCAGAGUUCUUCUCGACCACGACCCCAGCAAACAUAUCCACAACCUCAUGUCCUCCCUCAAGUGGAGCUGAACCCACAACAACCCGUCUCCCAAGCCUCUCCUGCAGGCAAGCCUCUUCUACUUUAUCAAGGCUAUCAUGGUUACCCCCCAAACUGCCAACCUAUCAGCUCCAUGCCUCCCCACAGGUCUGUGAAUCUACAUCAGGACCAGCAGCCUGCCAGGGAGAGCCACAGCUGUGCAUGUCCUGCCCCCGAAGUGAUACAGACCUCUGAGGGGCAUCGCUAUAGCCCAGAGAAGACGCCAUACAUGGACACAGCUAGCGACAGAGAAAAAUCACAUAACGCCGUUAACGCCACAGCAGGCUCCUAUGAGUCUUUCCCAGGGUGUGACACAAACAGCCAACUUGCAGGAAGCUCAGUGUGUGUUAACACCAACUCAGGCCGCUCACUAUAUCAACCCUGUGAUAUAAUCACUAUGAGUGAACUGGAGGACUUCAUGGAUGUGUCUGACUGGUGAGGACUCACUGAAUAAAAUAUUUGAAAAUCAUAUUUAUUGAAACUAAGAUGCCUAAAAGCAUACAUGUAUCUGCAGUCCUGAAUAUGUAAUUGGUUUGUGACAUGCUGUAAUAAUGCUGCUCUCCACAUUUGUGUGCUUAAGUUUACCAUUCCAUUUGACGUUUGAAUGUGAGAAGCUAAGAUGUGUCUCUGUAUACGUUACGAUCUGUGUACUAUUAACUACUAAGGGAUUUUAUGUGCUGUAAAAACCGCAGUAUGCCAAUAUAAUAGUAGCUUGUUGGAUUCUGCUACGAACACUGGAUUUCUUCUUCCUUACUAUGACAUUUUAUGAUGCAUGAAAUUCUGUUCAACCCACAACACCAAUCAGAGAUAUGCAGAUGGUGUAAGGCCUAGAUAGUGUAUUUAACCACUGUAUCAUAGUAACAAAUGUUGAGGUGUUGCUUUUCUUAAGCUUUAUUUUAAUACAUUAGUUCAUUUUCAAAGUUGGAAGUUUGAGGAUGUUUCUAUGUUGCUGUGAUGAGAGGAUGUGACAAUGACUUACAGUAUUUAAGCGAUAACAGCACACUUCAAUGAACGGCAAAGGUUAUAAAUAAAGUAAAGGAAACAUAAAAGAUUAUUACUACAUGAUGAUUUCAUUUUUACUACCCAAUAGACAGUUAUCAGCAUAAACUGGUUAUGUUACUGAAGCUGAAGAGUAUUUUUAUUCACUACAAGAAAACACAAUAAUGAGUCCUGAGAGAGCGCAUAAACACAAAAAGAGAAAAUAACAUUUUGCUGUUGACCUUUGUGUUGAUGUAUGUAUUUAUGUUAAUAACACUGAAUCUGGGAAAUACACUGAUGGGCUUAACAACAUAAAAUCUAUUUUCUGUGAUGUUC